CCUGUGGUCCCGGCCAGCAUGCAGCAGCAGCCUCCCCCGGGGCCCUCAACCCCCUCGGCCGAGCCCACCAAGCCUCCCUACAGCUACAUAGCCCUGAUCGCCAUGGCCAUCCAGAGCUCACCAGGCCAGCGAGCCACCCUCAGCGGCAUCUACCGCUACAUCAUGGGCCGCUUCGCCUUCUACCGCCACAACCGGCCCGGCUGGCAGAACAGCAUCCGCCACAACCUGUCGCUCAACGAGUGCUUCGUCAAGGUGCCGCGCGACGACCGCAAGCCGGGCAAGGGCAGCUACUGGACGCUCGACCCUGACUGCCACGACAUGUUCGAGCACGGCAGCUUCCUACGCCGCCGCCGCCGCUUCACCCGGCGGCCAGCGGCCGAGGGCACCAAGGGCCCUGCCAAGGCACGCCGCGGACCCCUCAGAGCCACCAGCCAGGACCCAGGGGUCCCAACCCCCGGGACCGACAGGCAAUGCCCAUUUCCGCCAGAGCUGCCAGACCCCAAGGGCCUGGGCUUCGGGGGCCUCGUGGGAGCCUUGCCAGCCAGCGUGAGCCUGGCAACCGCUGAUGCCAGGCCCCGACUGCACACGGAGCCCAAGGAGAUGUCCGCACCCAAGCCUGCAGGCCCAGGGGAGCUCCCCGCGGCCCCGUCGCCGUCUCCGUGCCCCGCGUUUGGCUUCCCUGCCGGGUUCUCGGAGGCGGAGGGCUUCAGCAAGGCCCCUGCACCUGUCUUGCCUUCCGAGGCGGGCAUCGGCAGCAGCUACCAGUGCCGGCUGCAGGCGCUGAAUUUCUGCAUGGGCGCCGACCCGGGCCUCGAGCACCUGCUGGCAUCUGCAGCCCCCUCCCCUGCACCACCCACGCCCCCAGCCUCACUCCGGGCCCCGCUGCCCCUGCCGGCUGACCCCAAGGACCCCUGGGUGGCAGGGGGCUUCCCUGGCCAGGGAGGCUCUGGCUGCCCGCUGGGGCUCACCCCCUGCCUCUACCGGACACCAGGAAUGUUCUUCUUCGAGUGAAGGCAGCCCUGCCUCAGGCGGGCCCAGCGGGGCCCCUGGCAGCUGCAGCCUCCAGGCCCAGCCUGGCUGCAGGAUCCAUGUUCUCAAGGAGCCAGCCGCGGCGGGCCAAGGACGCCAGGCCAGGAAUCCCGGAUUGGAGACUGUGAACACUCAGCCAGGCCCUGGGGCCUCUGGACAAACUGGGGGUGAGGGGAAGGGCCCCUUGGGUGUGAUCUGUGGCUGUUGGGGCAAUAAAGC